AUGUCAAGGUCAGCCUGGCGUGAAGAUGGCGAGACCAAGGAAUCGGUGGCAGCCGCCCUGCUCUUUGUGGACUUCUCCUCUCUGUCUGUUUGCAACAUACAUGAGUAUAAGCUGGUCAUUCUUAGCUCAGGAGGUGUUGGAAAAUCUGUGCUGGAACAAUUUACAGCAACCAGGGAUUUGUAUAUGAAAAAUGGACAAGGCUUUGCAUUAGUUUAUUCCAGGACAGCACAGCCCACAUUUAAUGAUUUACAAGAUCUGAGAGAACAGAUUCUUUGGGUUAAAGACAUUGAUGAUGUUCCAGUGAUUUUGGUUGGUAAUAAGCGUGACUUGGAAGAAGAAAGAGUUGUGGGAAAGGCACAAGGUCAAAAUCUAGCAAGACAGUGGAACAACUGUGCAUUCUCAGAAUCCUCUGCAAUAUCAAAAAUAAAAGCGAAUGAGAUCUUUUAUGACCCAGUGAGGCAAAUUAAUAGAGAAACUUCAGUGCCUGGGAAGGCCUGCAGAAAGUCACCAUGUCAGCUGCUUUAA